AUGACAGCGGACUUGUCUUAUAACACCUUUGUGAUAUUUCCAAACGUUGAGACGCUCGAUUUGCGAUGGAAUAAACUGCACUCUAUAAACGCAGAAACCUUUAACCUUCAUAGGCUUCGACGGUUGCUUCUGGCUCACAACAAUGUCACUGUAAUCUCUAUAACGGUCUUGGUCGAAAACGUUUUUCGUUUCUUACCGUCGUUGGAAUUCGUUGAUCUUAGUUUCAACAACCUUGCUAUUGUUCAUAGCAGCUCAUUCGCUCAAGCUCUACGAUUAGGAGAAAUUAAUUUAUCUUUUAAUCACAUCAGCAAGUUCGAGUACAAUUCUUUCUCUCCUCUUUUCCAGCUUAAAAUCUUAGACUUGUCUUAUAAUAAUAUUGUAAAUAUUGCUGGCGGUGAUUUGCGACAGUUGGUUGACCUCAGGAAACUAAACCUUUCUGGCAACCCCAUUUCAGUAAUACAGUCUACUAGUUUUUUGGUCUCAUCUCUGGAGGAGCUUAUCGUUUCAAAAUGCAGAAAAUUAAAAGUGGUAGAUUCACAUGCUUUUGCACAAAUGAUCAACCUGCAAUAUAUUGAUCUCAGCGAGUCUGAUAAACUAGAAUACUUUGCACCUUCUGCACUGCCCAUUAACGAGACGAUCAGAAGGCUAGAUUUACAUAAUACAGCUCUUAAAGUGCUUUCGAGAAAUGUCUUGGAAAGUGCGGAGCAAAUUUCAAUGCAUAACAUCAGUUUCCAAUGCGGCUGUCUUUACGGUUUAACAGGUCUAAUCCGCCAAAAAGUGCAGAAUCCUGGAAGCGUUACUUGUAUCACUGCACGAGGAAAUAGAGAAAGGAUUGACAGGCUUUCUGCACUAGAAAUUUGCGACAUGACACCGAUCCUGCCUUUUGGUAACAGUUUAAGCGUCACUGUUGGUAACUCAUUGGAUAUUUACUGUAUACCAAAGUUACCUGCCGAUGAAGUUAGUUGGGUAUUCCCCAAUGCAACGGGGAAUCCAAGAAAGGUUUUCAAAGGUCAUGAAAUGGAAGAAUUUCGAAAGUCUUCCAACCCGUCAUAUUAUCUGUUUCAGUCACCUUUUUACGGCAGCAAGUUUUACAAGCCGCGUAUUGCUGUGCAUCAGGAAAAGCUUAGAUUUGAGGUUGUAACCGUAGAAGAUAGUGGAAUUUACAAGUGUGCUGUCAAAAGAGAUCAAAAUAUCGUUGAACAGUCAAUUAAGGUUAACGUAGUAAAGCCAUUGAUAAGUCUUCGGGCUGGUCCAUACUAUAUUACAGUUGCGUGGAAUGCGUCUUUAGACAUAAAAGCUAAAGACCGAGUAUUUUACUUUCUCAGCGCAAGUAGUAGCUUUAGUUUAAGCAAUAAAAUGAUUCAGCUAUCUCUGUAUAACCCGUGGUACAGCUAUAACAUUGUUCGACUAAAGCCUAAUACAAAUUAUACGAUAUGUCUUUCUUAUGCAUUACGGGAUAAUUAUCGAGAAAUGUUGCUGUUUAAAAGUUGUACAAUUACCUCAACGUCAAGAAACCCAGCAAUUUUUGGUUCUAUUGGAAUCGUCUUUUUGACCUUACUCUUGACAAGCUCUUUUAUUUUUUGCUUCAUUACUUGUCUCAACUUUGUUCAGUUCCGGAUCAAUAUUUCACAAAACGAAAAGCACAGCUGCACUAGCGGCGUGACCCUCGUCACUGUCGAUCAGUUUGUCAGUUGUGAGUUUUCUUGGCUUCUCGCUAGUGUUUCAGUGCUCGGUGUUCUUUGUCCUGAGCUGCAAACACGGGUUGCUCUGGCGGAAGCGACAUCUUUCGGCGGUAUGAGGCGAAAGAUUUCUCGCAUACCUCUGAGACGCCGUUGUCGCUCCCUGCUUAAGCGCUCCUUAACCACUGGAGGUUUGUCGAAGAACGCGUCAGGAUCAGCGCAAGAAGAAUUAGGAUAUCGUUUGUCUACCAUUCAUUCUUCUCCUAAUCAAGUUCGCUCUGACGGUAAUGAGUUAAAUACAGCAGAAGAUCUCAACUUGUGA